UCUCAUUACGCACCAGAAAGUGUUCGUUUAAAAAGGAUUUUAAAGUGAAAGUGAAGGAAAAUGAAAAUUUUCUUAAUUUUUGUAAUUUUCUGCUCCACUUUUGGGGCAAUUUUUUCCAAAAGUGUUAAUCAAACACAAUCAGGUGAAGGAGGUGAAGGAUCUAAUAAAAAACCUCUUGAAAUUCCGGCUACUCCAAAAUGCCCAACAGGAUAUAGCUUGACCGAUAAAGCUUGCAAGAAAAUUACAGUAGCAUCGCCAGCUAUUCAAAAAGAAGGAGACACCAGCCACCACUACCAGUUACCACAACCGUAUGUACCACCUCUUCACGAUGAAUUUAUACCUAUUCAAUAUGAGUGUCCCCCUGGUUAUACUCUGAGAGGAACAACGUGCUAUGUUAAUCAAUUACCUGCUAUUCCAAGGUCUAAUCCUUGGCCUAGCCCAUAUAGUUGUGUCAAUGCAAUGUAUGGGUUGCCCUGUCCCACUGUAAGAUGCCCACCUGGUUAUCAGCUCUCUUAUGAUGGAUGGUGUUGGCCAAUGCAACCAAUGUACCCCAAUUACGGUAGAUAUUAUUGAAAAGAAAAAAAAAACUUUGGAGUCAUUUCAGCAUAUUCUUUUAAAGAAAACUUUUGUAGUUUUUUUUUUUUCAAUAAAACAAAGAAAUUUAUUAAAAUCA